AUGCCCGCUGCCUACGAGGAUUCCACCUACACCAGUGGGUCAAGUGAGGCGCACUUCAGUGAUGCCGUCGAGCAUAACGGGUGGGAAGAGGCUGUGCAGACCAUGCCUCAGGAGAAUGCUACCUACCCUCCGGAGCAGCACGUACCGCCGGGUGUACAGACUGUCGCACCCACCGGCGCACCGCCGCUGUCCAACAUGCAUACGCUCGAGUCCUCCUCGACCCUUGUCACCAAGCCUAGUCCCGCGGCGAAGCAAGACGCCAUGGACCAGGUGCCGAUCGUGUCGACGACGAUGAAUGCGCCUCCCACGAAGCCUGCCCCUGGCCAUGUUCAUCUCGUGGAGCCCGUGGUGCCGCCUACCGCAGCACGCAGGCCCCAUCUGUUCGGAUCCCAGGGCUCCCUCUUUGGGCACCUUCCGAACCAUCCGCAUGGGCGCCACUCGAACCUGCGUGUGCACUCGUCAGACAUUGAGAGUGGACCAUGGGGUUACGAACGUCGUCGUGGUAGCAUGGCCUACCCCGCUUUCUCAGGUAUCGAGAUUGUCGACGAUCAGGAAGAUGCCAGCAUGCACACCGUCGUUGAAGAUACCAAGACCGAAGAGGCCAAGUAUGAAGAAGAGACGAAGCACAUCAUUGUCAAGUGGGAUGGCCAGGACGACCGCGAGCAUGUGCUCAAGUACCCAUUCUGGUACCGUGUGUACCUGAUGGGUCUUGCCGGUGUGCUCACGCUGUGCACGGCCUUUUGCUCGUCGGCCCCGUCGUCCGUGCUGUUUGCUGUCGUCGAGGAUCUCCAUACGACACCCAAUGUUGUCAAGGCGUCCGUCUUCUUGUUUGUGGCCAGUUUCUGUGUGGGUCCCCUCUUGUGGGCGCCCUUGUCGGAGAUGUUUGGGCGCCGCAUCGUCUUUAUUAUCAGCUUUCUCGGAUUCGUGUGCUUCAACGUGGGCUGCAUGCAGUCGCCCAAUAUCGCAUCGCUCAUCGUGUGCCGCAUUUUCGCCGGCGCCUUUGGAUCUAGCUCCAUGUCCAACUCGCCAGCGAUGAUUGCCGGUCUCUUCCACAUGAAGUACCUGAUGGUGACGCUCACUCUCUUUGCGCUCAUGCCCACCGCGGGUCCGUGUUUGGGCCCUAUUGUCGGUGGCUACAUCAUGCAAGCUGGCGCCAACUGGCGCUGGGUCUAUCGCGUGUGCACCAUCUUCUCAUUCGUGCUGCUGGUCCUCGUUAUCUUCACGAUGCCAGAGACGAUGGAUCCGCAGCGCCUCCAGAUGAAGGCCAAGCGACUGCGGAAAGAGACGGGCGAUGACCGCUACGUCGCGCCCGUGGAGCUCCGCAAAAUCGAGUGGUGGAAGCUGCCGGGCCAGGUCAUUGGCAAGCCGAUCAAAAUGAUUAUCGUGGAGCCUAUGCUUCUCGCGACGACGAUCUAUAUCUCGUUCGUGUACGGCACGCUCUACCUGCUCUUUGUGGCCUAUCCGUACGUGUUUGAGCUCGGACACCGCCUGCCGCCUGGCUCGACGGGCCUGACGUUCCUGGGCUUCUUCGUCGGCUGUCUCCUGUCGGGCCUCUACUGUAUCACGGUGGACCAGCGGAUGUAUGUGAAGGGGAUGGCCAAGAAUGGCGGCAAGCCCCUGGCACCCGAGGUGCGCCUGCGCCCCUGUAUGCUGGGCUCGGUGCUGCUCACCGUGUCGCUGUUCUGGUUUGCUUGGACGUCGUACGACUGGAUUUCGUUCUGGAGUCCUCUGGUGGCCGGUGGCAUGUUCGGCUCGGGCCUCUUUUUCAUCUUCCUGAGUCUAUUCACGUAUAUCACCGAGGUGUACAUCUUCAGCUCGGCUAGUGCAAUUGCUAUCAACACCGUCUUUCGGUCGGCGUUCGGCGCUGGCUUCCCCAUGUUUGGCGAGCAGAUGUACGAUCGCCUGAAUUCCCGCUGGGCCACCACCGUCUUGGGCUUCAUUGCCUUGGCCAUGGUCCCCAUCCCCUUUAUUCUGAUCAAGUAUGGUCAUGUUGUUCGUGGCUGGUCGAAGAAUGCCCGCAGGAACGUGCCCGUGACCGACCAAUGCCUCAUUUCGGGCCCAUGGAGCCACGAGAGCGCGCGUGGCUCAAUGAUGAUCCCACAGGCGCAUGGGCUUCAGUUGAUUCAGCCCGGGAAGGAGACCGGUGAUCCCAAGGACACUGAUCAAGAAAAAGGGGAUGCAGGUGAGGAAGACGACAUGCUCGUCAAAUGGGACGGGAAGGACGACCGUGAAAGCACCAUGUCGUUCAACAUAUACUUCCGCUUCUACCAAGUGCUUCUGAAUGGCUUGCUGACCCUAUGUACUGCCUUUUGCUCGUCUGUGCCGUCAUCGAUUCUACCUCAGAUGAUCGUGGAGUACCAAACGACCCCUGAGGUGGCCAAGGCGUCCGUGUUCUUGUUUGUGGGAGCAUUCUCUUUCGCGCCACUCGUGUGGGCACCCCUGUCGGAGAUGUUUGGGCGCCGCAUCAUCUACAUUAUUUCUUAUACUGGAUUUGUUUGCUUCAACGUUGGCUGCAUGCUAGCACCCAAUAUCGCAUCGAUGAUUGUGUUCCGUAUUCUGGCCGGCGCAUGUGGCUCCAGUUCCUACACUAACGCGCCUGCUGUCAUUGCUAGCGUCUUCAGUGUCAAGUACCUGGUUAUUGGCAUUGUCGUUUUUGCGUUCGCACCCACGGCAGGCCCAUGCUUGGGCCCUAUUGUUGGAGGCUACAUCUCGAAUGCUGGUGCCAACUGGCGCUGGGUGUUCCGCGUGUGUACGAUCUUCUCGUUUGUCAUGCUGAUCAUGAUCAUUUUCACCAUGCCAGAGACGCUUGACGCGCAGCGCCUGAAGCAGAAGGCAAAGCGCCUGCGCAAAGAGACAGGACAACCGUAUUAUGCGCCAAUUGAGCGGCGCCACUUGGAGCUCGCCACGCUACCAGGAAAGGUAAUUGCCAAGCCGAUUAAGAUGCUCUUUACCGAGCCCAUGCUCUUUGCCAUCACACUGUAUUUGUCGUUUUUGUAUGGAACUGUGUAUCUACUUUUCAUUGCGUAUCCUGCCGUAUUUGGGGUCCUACACCACUUCCGCGAGGGUGCAGUGGGCCUAAGUUUUCUUGGCUUUUUCACCGGCUGUAUCCUUGCAGGUGUGUAUUGUCUCGCGGUGGAUCAGCGGCGCUAUCUUAAGGCAUUUGAGAGGAACAACAACCAGCUCCUGCCGCCGGAGGCGCGUAUCGAGUCGACGACGUGGGCAUCCAUCCUCAUCACUGCCUCGCUAUUUUGGUUCGCAUGGACGUCGCUUCCAGCCGUGUCGUUCUGGAGUCCUUUGAUCGCCGGCGCGUUCUUUGGCGCAGGCGUCUUCUUGGUCUUUAUGGGCUUCCUCGUCUACAUCACGGAGGUGUACAUUGCCAAUGCCGCGAGUGCGAUGGCCGCCAAUACAAUCGUGCGUUCGGCCUUUGGCGGGGGCUUUCCCAUGUUUGGCGAGCAGAUGUACCGUACGCUGACACCAAAGUGGGCUUCCACUGUGUUGGCUUUUAUUGCCCUUGCCAUGGUGCCGAUCCCUUUUGUGCUUUACAAGUAUGGGCCCAAGCUCCGUCAGAUGUCGCGGUCGGCGCACGCGAAGUAA